AUGUCAACCCCCUACUUCUGGAACCAGCCGCUGCGCUACAUGCGCUACGCCUCGCACACCAGCCCCGCCCUCUUCUGGUCCGUCAUCCUUGGCGCCGCGGGCCCCGUCGUGUUCCUUGCGAGUAUCCCGUUGAAGCGCAAGUUGGGCAUUGCGGAUAAGGAGAUGGUGCCGCAGACGUAUCCUAUUCCGAAUCGCGCUAGAAAGAUACCGGCGGGCUUUGAUGAUGAGUAG